UGAUCAAGUAAAACGGGGAAGUGGCAAUAGUGGGAUUUUCUGUUGCUUGAUUUUAAUUAUGUGGAAGCGAACGGAAUGGAUAAAAGAAAAUCCUGAGUCAUCAUCAUAUUCACUUCGGAUAAAGCGAAAAAAAGAAAAAGCAGAGGAGAAGAUCACAUCUGGAGUCUUUGUCCAGUUCGUUUUAUUUUAAUUUUCUGGUGGGUCGUAUGUUACUUGUGAAAUCGAAUCGGCAUUAUUUAUUCUUUUUUUAAUCUUUGCUCGAUAUUUUUUGAAUAUUCGGUAUUUUAUUUCCUCAAGCCAAAAUGAACACAGUUAUUUCAUCAUUUGUAUUUUGAAGUGCACCUUGCACGGAUUGUGCGACACCGGAAUUUAACUUUCUCUUUUUCUGCUUAUACUUGGAAGACUGAACAAAGGAAGGCAGCCGAGAGUGGGAAUUUACCUGCCGGAAGAAAAAGGAAAACUGUAGAAAAUAUUUACCGAUAUUUCUAUGUUUGUUGAACAGACUCCAAACAGAUGCAAACUCUAAACUAGGAUAACAGCUUGUGUUGUGAUGCUUGUCCUUUCUGUCGUAUCUGAUGUCAAAUUGGAUUUUUUCUCUCGGAUCUGUACGUUUCUAGAAUGGCUCGCUUCGGAGACGAUCUACCUACCCGCUAUGGAGGCGGCAGUCCAGCGGGUGCAGGGAGAGGGGCAAGCCGGCAGGGAGGCCCCCCGGGUGGCCAAAGGAUGUACAAACAAUCGAUGGCUCAAAGAGCCAGGACAAUGGCCAUAUACAACCCUAUUCCCGUCAAACAAAACUGCUUUACUGUCAAUCGCUCUCUUUUCAUCUUUAGUGAAGAUAACAUUAUUCGGAAAUAUGCUAAGAAAAUAACCGAAUGGCCUCCAUUUGAAUACAUGAUCUUAGCGACAAUUAUAGCAAACUGCAUCGUCUUGGCUUUGGAGCAACAUCUGCCUGCCUGUGACAAGACCCCCAUGUCAGAGCGACUGGAUGACACAGAGCCCUACUUUAUUGGGAUAUUCUGUUUCGAAGCUGGAAUAAAGAUCAUCGCCCUUGGGUUUGCAUUUCAUAAAGGUUCCUACCUCCGAAAUGGCUGGAACGUCAUGGAUUUUGUGGUCGUCUUAACAGGGAUUCUGGCCACUGUGGGCUCAGACUUUGACCUGAGGACCCUUAGGGCCGUCCGCGUGCUACGCCCGCUCAAACUGGUCUCCGGAAUUCCGAGCCUUCAGGUAGUGUUGAAGUCCAUCAUGAAGGCCAUGGUUCCCCUGCUUCAGAUAGGACUGCUGCUCUUCUUUGCCAUUGUCAUGUUCGCCAUCAUCGGUGUGGAGUUCUACAUGGGCAAGUUCCACCACGCCUGCUUCAGGACCGACACAGGAGCGCUGGCGUCAGAUUUCCCCUGUGGCCUGGAAACUCCGGCUCGAACCUGUGCAGAGCUGAAUGACACCGUGUGUAGGGAGUACUGGAUUGGGCCCAACUUUGGUAUCACUAACUUCGACAACAUCCUGUUCGCUGUGCUGACUGUCUUCCAGUGCAUCACCAUGGAGGGCUGGGUGGACAUUCUCUACAAUGCCAACGACGCCUCUGGGAAUACCUGGAACUGGCUGUACUUCAUCCCUCUCAUCAUUAUUGGCUCCUUCUUCAUGCUCAACCUUGUUUUGGGAGUUCUGUCAGGGGAAUUCGCCAAGGAGCGAGAGCGCGUCGAGAAGAGGCAGGAAUUCCUGAAGCUUCGCCGGCAGCAGCAGAUCGAGAGGGAGCUGACGGGCUACUUGGAGUGGAUCUGCAAGGCGGAGGAAGUCAUGCUGGCCGAGGAAGACAAGAAUGCGGAAGAGAAGUCCCCCCUGGAUGGUGCAUGGUACAAGCGGAAACACAACAACCCAGUGCUGAAAAGAGUCAAAGCCAAGAAAAGCAAAAACGACCUCAUUAAUGCCGAAGAAGGAGAGGACCAUUUCACUGACAUCUCUUCUGUAGGAUCGCCCUUCGCCCGGGCCAGCCUGAAGAGCAGCAAGAACGAGAGCUCCUCCUACCUCCGGCGCAAGGAGAAACGCCUACGCUUCUUCAUCCGCCGCAUGGUGAAAUCCCAGACCUUUUAUUGGCUGGUGCUGUGCCUGGUGGGCCUGAACACGCUCUGCGUGGCCAUCGUGCACUACGACCAGCCCAACUGGCUCACCUACGCCCUCUACUUGGCAGAGUUUGUUUUCCUGGGACUCUUCCUGAUAGAGAUGACCUUGAAGAUGUACGGAUUAGGACCCCGAAACUACUUUCACUCCUCUUUCAAUUGCUUUGACUUUGGGGUCAUUGUGGGCAGUAUUUUUGAGGUGGUGUGGGCAGCCAUCAAACCCGGGGCCUCCUUCGGGAUCAGUGUGCUACGGGCUCUCCGCUUGCUUAGGAUAUUUAAAGUUACAAAGUACUGGAACUCCCUGAGGAACCUAGUGGUCUCUCUGCUCAACUCCAUGAAGUCCAUCAUCAGCCUGCUCUUCCUGCUCUUUCUCUUCAUCGUGGUCUUCGCACUGCUGGGAAUGCAGCUCUUUGGAGGACAGUUUAAUUUUGAAGAUGAGACACCUACAACAAACUUUGACACCUUCCCUGCUGCCAUUCUUACAGUUUUCCAGAUUCUGACAGGAGAGGACUGGAAUGCUGUCAUGUAUCAUGGGAUUGAAUCUCAAGGAGGAGUUCGUCGUGGCAUGUUUUCCUCCAUCUACUUCAUUGUUCUAACACUCUUUGGCAACUACACUCUGCUCAAUGUCUUCUUGGCCAUUGCUGUUGACAACCUGGCAAAUGCACAAGAACUCACAAAGGAUGAAGAAGAGCAGGAGGAAGCCAUCAAUAAAAAGAUAGCUCUCCAAAAGGCCAAGGAGGUAAAGGAGGUCAGCCCCCUGUCAGCAGCUAGCAUUUCUAUUGCAGCUUUUGUAAAGCAAACUCGAGGUGCAGCCCCUCACAGCUCACCCGUCUCCAGCAUCCCCUCACCCAAGGAGCAGCAUAAGUCUCUGAAGACGAUGUCAGUGUGGGAGCAGCGGGCAUCGCAGCUGCGCAGACACAACCUGCGCGCCAGCAGCGAGGCCCUGUACAACGAGCUAGACCCUGAGGAGCAGCUGCGCAUUUCCUCCGCCCUGCACAUCCGGCCGGACAUGAAGACACAUCUGGACCGGCCUCUCGUGGUGGAGCCACAUGGCGGUGCCGUGGAGCAGCAGGGAAGUGGGGAAAAGGGCGAGGGAGGCACUGCCGAAGAUGGGCCAACGCCCAGCGAGGCCCCGGUCCACCCGCGGAGACACUACCGGCACCGUGAGAGGCCGGCGGACGAGGCCAAUGAGAACGGGGAGCCGGGCAACGGCCGAGAAGGUCGACACCAUGUCCACCACAGCCGCAGCAAAGACCACGACGGCUGCCGAGGCAAAGAUGGUAAGGGAGAGAGGAGCCGCAGCCGGGAGGGGGGCAGGAGGCACCACCACCAGGCUUUGGCGGAUGAGGCGGGGGGCACGGGGGAGAAGGAGCAGCGGCGCCGCCAUGGCCGCCACCACCACAAGGAGGGCAACGGCACCGUCAACAACGGGGAGAAGAGCGAACGCAGGGCUCGACACAAGGAGGGCUCGCGCUCCGCAAACCGUGAGGGGGAGAGAGGGGCUGGGGGCAACCGUGGCGAGAACGGGGGCAACGGGGAGCGCAGACGGCAUAAGCCCCGUCCACCGAAGAGUCCAUCUGCCCUGGAGGGGGAUGUGCACAAGGAGAGAGAAGAUAACAGGGUCCCUGGGCUCCGGGAAAAACAGACAGACAUGGAAGGAGACUGGCUGGCCAUCACACCCCAGCCAUCCCAGCCGCCCGCUGCUGGUCAGAGGUGGGCAGGAGAAAAGGGGGAGGAUUCGGACAACCAGAGGAACAUCAAGAGGACAGGGCAGAUGGGCGUGGGCCCGAACGCGGUCCACAUCCCCGUCACCGUCACCUCCCCACCAGGAGAGACCCUUGCCAUAUCCAUGAACAACUCUGACUGUGAGACCAUGCCAAUGAACGAAGAGAAGAAGAACCUGGAGGAUCUGACAAAGAACGGGCCUAAGCCCAUCCUGCCCUACAGUUCCAUGUUUGUGUUCGGACAGUCCAACCCGGUGCGCCGUCUCUGCCACUACAUCGUGAGCCUGCGCUACUUUGAGAUGUGCAUCCUUGUGGUGAUCGCAAUGAGCAGCAUCGCCCUGGCAGCGGAGGACCCCGUUCACGCCAACGCGCCGCGCAACAAUGUGCUGAAGUAUUUAGAUUACGUCUUCACAGGUGUGUUUACGUUUGAGAUGGUGAUCAAGAUGGUUGACUUGGGCUUACUGCUUCAUCCGGGCUCCUACUUCCGGGACCUGUGGAACAUCCUCGAUUUCAUUGUGGUUAGCGGAGCUCUUGUGGCAUUCGCAUUUUCGAGCUUCAUGGGAUCACAACAAAGUGUUACCAGAGGGACCAAAGGGAAGGACAUCAGCACCAUCAAGUCUCUGCGGGUCCUCCGGGUCUUGCGGCCACUGAAGACAAUUAAGCGGCUGCCCAAACUGAAGGCCGUGUUUGACUGUGUGGUGAACUCCCUAAAGAACGUGCUGAACAUCCUCAUCGUCUACCUGCUGUUCAUGUUCAUCUUCGCCGUCAUCGCCGUGCAGCUGUUCAAGGGCAAGUUCUUCUACUGCACCGACGAGUCCAAGGAGCUGGAGAAGGACUGCAGGGGGCAGUUCCUGGACUACGACAACGACGAAGUGUCCGCCCAGCCACGCGAGUGGAAGAAAUAUGAGUUCCACUACGAUAACGUGCUGUGGGCCUUCCUCACCCUCUUCACCGUGUCCACAGGAGAAGGCUGGCCCACGGUCCUGAAACACUCCGUAGAUGCCACCUUUGAAGACCAGGGCCCCAGCCCAGGCUUCCGCAUUGAGAUGUCCAUCUUCUACGUGGUUUAUUUUGUGGUCUUCCCAUUUUUCUUUGUCAACAUCUUCGUGGCCUUGAUCAUCAUCACCUUCCAGGAACAGGGAGACAAGGCACUAUCUCAGUGCAGCUUGGAGAAAAACGAGAGAGCGUGCAUCGACUUUGCCAUCAACGCCAGGCCUCUGACACGCUACAUGCCUGAGAACAAGCAGUCCUUCCAGUACAAGAUGUGGAAGUUUGUGGUAUCGGCACCCUUUGAAUAUUCCAUCAUGGCCAUGAUCGCCCUCAACACCGUGGUGCUCAUGAUGAAGUUCCAUGGAGCUCCGGAUUUGUACGAGGCCAUGCUCAAGUAUCUAAACAUCGUCUUCACCGCCCUUUUCUCUCUGGAGUGCAUUCUCAAAAUGAUUGGCUUCGGUCCAUUGAACUACCUGAAAGAUGCCUGGAACGUGUUUGACUUUGUGACCGUCCUGGGAAGUAUAACCGAUAUCUUGGUGACAGAGAUUAAGGCGUCGCACAAGCUGAUCAACCUGAGCUUUCUGAAGCUCUUCAGGGCGGCCCGUCUCAUUAAGCUGCUGAGGCAGGGCUACACCAUCCGCAUCCUGCUGUGGACCUUCGUGCAGUCCUUCAAGGCCCUUCCGUACGUCUGCCUGCUGAUCGCCAUGCUCUUUUUCAUCUACGCCAUCAUUGGGAUGCAAGUGUUUGGGAACAUCGAGCUCAAUGAAGAUACUGCCAUCAACCAUCACAACAACUUCCGCACGUUCCUCCAGGCUCUCAUGCUGUUGUUCAGGAGUGCCACCGGGGAGGCCUGGCACGAGAUCAUGCUGUCGUGUUUGAGCCAUCGGCCGUGUGACGUGGGAUCGGGCACGACGGGCAGAGACUGCGGCAGCGACUUUGCCUACUUCUACUUUGUCUCCUUCAUCUUCCUCUGCUCCUUCCUGAUGCUGAAUCUAUUUGUGGCCGUCAUAAUGGAUAAUUUUGAGUACCUAACCCGGGACUCCUCCAUACUCGGGCCCCACCACCUGGACGAAUUCAUCCGUGUCUGGGCUGAAUAUGACCCUGCGGCCUGUGGCCGCAUCAAGUACCUCGAUAUGUAUGCGAUGCUGCUCCACAUGCCCCCACCUUUAGGUUUGGGAAAGAAAUGUCCGCCAAGAGUCGCCUACAAGCGGCUGGUGAAGAUGAACAUGCCCAUCGCUGAUGACAACACUGUGCACUUCACCUCCACUCUCAUGGCCCUCAUUCGCACUGCUCUGGAGAUCAAGCUGGCCUCUGGGAUCGUGGCACAGCGUCUCUCAGAUGCUGACCUGAAGAAGGAGCUUGCUACUAUAUGGCCAAGUCUGUCCCAGAAGACCAUGGACCUGCUUGUCACUCCACACAAACCCAAUGAGCUGACAGUGGGAAAGGUUUACGCAGCCCUGAUGAUCUUUGACUACUACAAACAGAACCGGGCCCGUAGGCUGCAGCAACAGCAGCAGCAGCAGCCGAUCCCCGGCUCACAGAGCAAAGUGAGCGCCCUCUUCAAGCCGAUCCUGCCCUUGGCUCUCAUGCAGGACCAGGAAAUCCCUGCCAGCAACACUACGUGUCUGCCUGAAGCCCAGAUCCCGCUCACCACCACCUCUCUGAACAAUGGUGGCACGAUGCAAGGCCCAGGAAGUGCUGCCAAAGAUUCUUGGAUUACGGAUAAACUGCCAGAACCUCCACGAGCAAAAAGUAAGAAGAAGGAUCAAAGGGGCCAAUCAGAGGAGGUGCCAAACGCAGCCAAAGCUCAGGAGUCAGUGGAGAUGAAAAAGAUGGAGCACAAUGACAGUGCAGGCUUAGAAAGUCAAGGAAGAGCGGCAUCCAUGCCCAGACUCAACGCUGAAAUGCAGCGGAGCCAUUCCCGAAACCCCCUGGGAACGUGCCUCUCACCUGUUCCUGAUGAGAGUCCCAUGAAGCGCUCCGUAUCCACGUUGGCUCCACAGCGCCCCCCGGAGGCCAGUGUGCAUGAGCGUGUCCAUGAGCGGCCCGCACCGACAAGGUCGCACCACCAUCACCACCACCAUCACUGCCGCCACCGCCGGGAGAAGGAGAGGAAGCAGAGGUCGCUGGACAGGUCUCCCAGUCGGCAGCCUACCAGCACCGCAGGUACUCCUGGAGAGCUCCCGGCCACACCAUCGUCCCGGGAUCGAGCACAUGACCGCGGCCGCUCUCACGAGAGGAAGCACCACUCCGCGUCCUCGGAGAAACAGCGGUACUACUCAUGCGACCGCUACGGCAGCCGCGAGCACUGCCACGCCAAGUCGGCAGGCGCCAGCCGCUCGGCGUCGCCCAACGAGGACCAGGAGUCGGCCGCCAACAGGCAGGGCAGUGGUUCAGCUAAAGGCAGCCCGCUGAUGUUGACGUCGGGGGCUAGCACUCCCCGGGGGCGCAGACAGCUCCCCCAGACUCCCCUCACCCCCCGUCCCGGUGUGACCUAUCGGACCGCCAACUCCUCCCCUGUGCCGUUCGGUGCCCCUCAGGCCGGACCGCCCUCAUCGUGCCUGGGGGGGCUGACCCGCGGGCUGUCGGAGCACGUAGCUCUCCUGCAGUUGGACUCGCCGCUGCCUCUCUCCCGCAUUGGGUCCGAGCCCUACUUGGCUCACAGUGACCCACAGGUAGAGGGCGGGAUGCAGGGCAGCCCCGCGGAGGAGCAGGCUGCUCCCCAGGGCCCGGCGGGCUCCUACGCUGGCCCCCCCUCAUUGACUGCCAUCCCUCACGUAGUGGCCAUUCCUCCACCACCUGCGCAAAGUCGCGGGGUCCCCAACGGAUACCACUGCACCCUGGUGGGAGGCCCCAGGGCCAGGGGCCCCAGGUACCACCACAAGGGCAAAGAGGACGACCGGUGCUAGCAUGGUUUCAACACGAGGGGACGCCAGCUUCUCACAGACCGGGGUUUUUCGAAAGCGUUUUCUGGGAAAUGUGAUGAGUUUUAUCAUCUUUUGUGAGGGUGGUAGUUUACACUCCUUCUGUGUGUGUAUGUGUAUAUGCAUCCUUUUAAGGAAAGGCGGGGGGGGGGGGGGAAG